UGCGGUUACUUUGUUGUCAGUGGCAGUACAGUAUGUGAUUGGGCAUUGAGCUGGAGAGACGCAGAACGUAGCGGCUUCUCCCCAGGUAGCGGGUGGUUUCUCCCAGAUGUCCGCCCGAAACAGGAGUCAGUCUCGGCGACAUUGUUGCCACAUCACUGCCGGGUUAGAUAGUUACAAAACAGCAGUUUCCCGUCCUGCUGACAUCGCAUCCGGGAAAGCCACCUAAUGGGACGUGAUUUAAUUAAUUUUACGCAGAAUCUCUCUCUUUCAGUCUGCUCCCGUUAAUCGGCCUCUUGUGCCUUUGUUUGAUAUUCCUUCCCCUCUAAUAUGAAACUGCUCGCUCUCCUCCACCACUGACUGAGAGCAGCGAAGACGAGAGGAUGACGACGGGUUGAUGACUGGUGAUUUUUUUUUCUCUCUCUCUGGCCGAAUUAAUAUCACACCCUGGGUAGCCAGCGUUCCCAGCGACAUGUAACGACUCGAGAAUAAAACGGGCUGGUAUUCAUUCGGCGACACGAUGCAAUGAACUCUUACUGGCAUCAACAGAUACCCUUGACCGAAAUUUCUCGGAGAAGGAUGGCUGGAUACUGUUUCUCUGAAACGUAGGAACCGCCGCCCACUUCUUCAAUCACCUGUAAUUGCAUUAAAUUUAACGAGGAUUGCCUUUAAACUGGAGACAAAGAAAACCAGGAAACACUCAAUUAUAUGGGAUACCGAUUUUUAAUUAAUAAUUUAUUGCAGGGUAUUUAUGUUUAUGGAACAUCAUUUGUAAAACCGUUAAUAUAAUACCGAGAUUGGAAGUGGCGCCGCCGCCCUACGCCCUGAGAUGCCUCCAGAUAACGCCUGUCAUUUUUUUUAAAACCCUGAAUUGGUGCCAGAUGGAGAACCCUGAAUAACUGACAGUCCAACAUUAAUGUGGGAUGCAACGGCACUGUAAAGGAGCCUGUGUACAUUCGGUGGUUUGAUUACAAGCACGGGUUUUGAUUGACUUCCUGCUGGCCUGGUUAUUUGAAGCUUUGCUGCUGAAACUUUACCUAUUUAUUAAUACAAACCAGCUGGCUUUUUAAUUAUUCUCCAGAACCCAAGGUCAAAGCCCACGUGAACUAAGUUUGUGACAUGUCUCUUCAUAUUUAAACACAUUGGCUGGUUGGUUUUUGUGUAUUUUAGCUGCUUUAGUGUUCAGUCAACUACAUGCUGGAGAAUGAAGGAGGUUUGUAGGAUCUGUGCCCGGGAACUGUGUGGUAACCAACGACGAUGGAUCUUUCACACAGCUUCCAAACUAAACCUACAGGUUAUCCUAUCUCACGUACUGGAAAAAGAGGUAUCUCGAGAUGGCAAGGCAGAGUUUGCUUGCAGCAAAUGUGCAUUUAUGUUAGACCGUAUCUACAAAUUUGAUACAGUUAUUGCAAGGAUUGAGGCACUGUCUAUUGAGCGUUUGCAGAAGUUGCUCAUAGAGAAAGAUCGUAUCAAGUACUGCAUAGCUAGUCUAUAUCGUAAAAAUAAUGAGGAGCCAAGUACUGACACCAAGGGGGAGGAUGUUGCAGUGGAGAGCUCCAACCUACCUGAUGUUCGGUACCAUGCUCUGCUACAGGAUGACUUUGUAUAUUCUGGAUUUGAAUCAUGGACAGAGCAAGGUGAGGAGGCCAUGGAAACUCACAGUUGCCAGACAUCAGACACCUCAAGCUACAAAUCCCGGAAGUGUCGCAGCUGUUCAGCCUUGCGUGUGACUGAUGCAGAUUAUGAGGCAGUUUGCAGAGUACCUCGGAAGUUGGCGAAGACUGUUUCUGCUGAUCAUUCCAUUAAGUGUGCAAGUAGUGUGGUGGGCAGCACAACUGCUGAGGAAGGACUUGCAAUGCCAGUCAUAUGUGAAACGAUGCCCAUUGGGCAGUAUGAGUCUAGGACUUCUGUCUAUGCUGACUCACUGGAUAAACUAUCUCCAGCCUCUUCUGUUGAAUCACUUGGUCCUACGGUGGAGUCCUGCCCUGGGCAGACCAGCGAAGCAGCACAAGUAGAAAAAUGUGCCAAAGAUGACAGAAGUCCCAAAUCAGACUUUUCUGACGGCCAAGGAACCCAUCCUUUGUUGUAUAGACAAAAACUAGACUUUGUCCUUGGCUUAGUGAAGAAUGUUGAAUAUAGGCCUGUAUCGAUCCCAAAAGGCAGCAAAUUGCCAAUUCCAGUCAGGCCUUCUCCAUUGGGCUCUCAAUCAAGUGGUACUUUGGAUGGGAUUUCCAGGUCUCAUUUACAGAACAACGCUUGUGAAAUUGUUAACAAAGGCAUAGAUCCUCUCAGGAUGCACCUUAACUUUGAUGUGACAGAUCUUGAGGAACUCUUUCAGGACAUCCUUGAUGAAUAUAUUCCAAUUUGCACCCAGAACCUGAUUGAGGAGCAGCAGCAGCAGUUGAACCAGUAUGAGUCAGCAGCCGGACAAUGUGUUGCUGAACUGCAGAAAGCCCAGGUCCAAGUACAUGGGUUGCAGGGCAGAAUCCAGGAGACUGAGUCCGCCAACAAGAUGCUGCAAGAGAAUCUAAGAGAAAUGGAAAGUGAAUUAAAGGAAAUGCGUUACACACUACAGAAGCAGGAUCGAACCCAGCUGGAGCUGAAGGAGGCUUUGAAAAAUAAGGAGAAGGAGGUUGAAGAGCUUUAUUGUGUCAUCGAUGGUCAGAAUGAGAAUCAAUCCAAAUUGAGGGAAAUGCUCCACAGAAGUCAGAUUGAAAACGUGAAGCGUUGUGCAUCCUGUCAGACUACUGAUGGACAGCCAGCGCCACCACAUGCCCAACAACAAGCUGAGCUGCUGGAACUGCAAAACGCCUCCUUUUCCAAUCAGCUGGAGUUGCAGCAAAAGCAGAGGCUAAUACGGCAGAAGGAAUAUGAGCUCAUUGAAGCCAAGCAGAGAAAAGAAUUGCUCGAGACUGAACUUGAGGAGAUGUAUCAGCAAAAGGAAGCUACAAUCACCCACAAUCAAGAGCUGCGCAACACAUUGCAACAAGUCCGGCAGGAGUUCCUGGAGAAGGAACAGCACUAUCAGGCCCUGGAGAGAGAGCAUCAGCGUGAAGUUCAUGUCCAGGAGGAGAACAUCCAGUGCCUGAAAGAGCGGUUACAAGACAAGGAGCACUUCUUGCAGCAAUAUAUUGAACUAUUUGAAUGCCAGCAAAGUGAAGAACAAAGUGGAGAAGCAAGAGAUGCACUGGUUGAUAAACUGCGAAAGCGUAUCAAGGAGAGAGAUAAAGCUUUGGAGCAUGCCAUUGAUGAGAAGUUCAGUACUUUGGAAAAAAAGGAGAGUGAAAUACAGCAGCUGCAUCUGGUUAUACGUGAGAAAGAAAAGGAUCUGGACAGAUUCCGUUGCAUUUUCUCCAACAAUGAAGAGACUAUUAAUAGUCUAGAGAACCUCAUGAAAGGGAAAGACCUAGAGUUAGAGCAGAUUUCAAUAGCAUACAAGAAUCUCCAGUGGUUGAAGCAGGAGAUGGAGGAGAAGCAUGCUCACUUCCUGAAGGAAAAAGACGCAGUCAACAGUCAGCUGCAGGCAGCACUGCGCAACAGCAACAAGGAGGUUAAGGACCUCACCAUAAUGUUGAUGAACAAGGUUACCGUUGGGUCUGAUAACGUGAUGGAACAGCUGAGGCUGCGGCUCCAGCUAAAGGAGCGAAUGCUGCAGGAAGCGUUAACGGAUAGAAGCACAUUGACAACUGAUCACGAGCAAGAGGUGACAGAGCUGCUACAAACUAUCAACUCCCGUGAUCAACAGAUGAAGGAUGCAACAGAGAAGUUGAUACAUACCUUUGCAGAGAAGAACCACGAGCUUCGGACAUUGCGCCACCAGCUAGUGGAGAAGGAUCGAGAAGCAGCAAAUUUCACCAAGCAGAAUGUGUCCUCAUUGGAGAUACCAACAGAAAUAGCCCGCCUCAAAGAACUUCUUCAGGAAAAGGAUCGGAUAAUCCAUGAGCUGGUGCAGGAUAAUCACAGCAAGAAUGAGCCUUCCCCCCAGCCUGACAAAAUCGAAGCUUCUGAGCCCGUUGACACUCAGCCGAAAGCAAAUGGAAGGGAAGCAGUACAGCCAACCUUAGAUGAGGAUGAAGCAAUGGCUGACCCAGAACAAGAAGAUAUCAAGCAGAUUGAGCUGGACCAGAUAAAGGAGGAACUACAGCUUGCUUUGAGGAAAGAGAAAGAAACUAGGCUUGAGCUGACCAGACUGCAGUCUGCCCUGGCCAACCAGGGAAGAGAGUUCCAAUGUCAGACUGUGAAGAUGGAAGCUCUCUCGAGCAACAUCCCCGUCAAGGAGGAGUGUUUUAAGGAUCUGCAAAUGAAGCAGGUACAGCCAUGUGAAUCUCCAGAAAUAGAGAGGCUUACACAGGAGCUCCUGGUCUUGAGGGAACGAGUGGCAGAAAUGGAGUCAUCUACACAGGCAAACAUAAGAAAGAAACAUCAUCAGCUGAUCUGGGCCCUUGAAGAGCAAGUUCAGGAACAGUUACGAUUGAGUGAAGCUCUUCGAUCUGAACGACAGCUCUACAUCAGCCUUGUUAAAUUCCACAAUCAAACUGACAGCUCUGACAGAGAAGAUCUGCUGCAGGCCGAGCUUUUGGCUAUACAGGCACUCCGUGGACAACUGGAAGAGACCCUCAAGAGGAGUCAGGAGCAGAUCAGCCGUCUGGAGAGGGAAUCUGAGAUGCCAGCAGAUUCUGGAGGUGGGGGAAUGGACAGACUGGGAAGUCUGCAAGAGCAUGUGGCCUCCCUUACUGAGGGGUCUUGCACCCAAGCAACAUAGCGUGCUACUAGGAUGGUGGUUAUCUUGAGAAUCUUGCUAACAUGAAGUGCCUGCUUAAUUCAAACAAGAUAUUAACUGAUUGUGUGCAAUGUGAACUGACCUGGAUUCAGAAAAUCAUGAUUGUAUCCUAUGUGUUAUGAGCUUUCUUUGUCUCCUAAAGGGCAUGCACCAAACGUUUUGCAUGCAACCAUGAGAGGAAAAAAUACCAUUCCAUUUUAAGUUAUUACCUUUUCCCUGCUUAUGUUGGUUAAAUAAAAGCAUUUUUCCAUCA